AUGCGAAGAACUUUUGACAGGCAAAGUGCAAUAUUGAUAGGUGAUUGCACUUUGCCUGUCACAUACAUCUCGACAGAGGCAACAUUCGAUAUGAAAGUUUCCUCUGUCGAGAAACUUCCUCACACCUCAAAGAGAUGCGAAGAACUUUUGACAGGCAAA